GGUUCCAAGAGUGACUUGUUGAGACUCAGUUAAUCAGCUAAGUGGGAUUUGGACUCACAUCUUCUAGCAAUAAAACCAGAAUUCUUUUCCAUCACAACACCCGGGGUUUGGGGCACAGAACCAACAUCCGCCCCUCUGACUCAGCUCCCCUCAGCUCUAAGACCUAGCACGAAGUACUCCACUUCCUUCCCUCCCUAUCUCACAACUAGAGUAGCUACAGCAUCUGCAGGGACCAAGACCACAACCUGAGUAAUCGCAUAAAUAAGAGCGGCAGCAGCGGUGGCAGCAGUGGCAACAAGGCUCCAGGUUCCAUUAUGGAUUCUUUCUCUGAAGCAAAUGGCCCCUUUGCCAUUAACCUUCUGAAAAAAUUGAGUGAAAAAGACAACUCACAAAAUGUAGUUUUUUCUCCCCUGAGCAUUUCAUCUGCCCUUGGCAUGCUUUUCCUGGGGGCCAGAGGAAACACAGCAGCCCAGAUUGUAAAGGUGCUUUCUUUAAACAGAGGUGGGGACAUCCACAGGGAUCUUCAGGCACUUUUCACUGAAGUGAACAAAUCUGGUACUCAGCACUCACUGAAAAUGGCCAACAAGCUCUUUGGAGAAAAGGCUUACAAUUUCCUCUCUACAUAUAAAGAAGCUUGCCAAAACUUCUAUGGUACAGAGCUAGAAGAACUUUCCUUUGCUAAUGCCUCAGAGGAGGCCAGGAAACAUAUAAAUGCCUGGAUAGCAAAGAAGACUGAAGGUAAAAUUCCAGAAAUGUUGCCUACCUGUUCAAUUGGUCCAUUGGCAAAACUGGUCCUUGUGGAUGGCAUCUACUUCAAAGGGAAGUGGAAUGAACAGUUUGAGGAAAACUAUACAAGAGAGAUAUUUUUUAAAACCAGAAAGAAUGAGAAAAAGCCAGUACAGAUGAUGUUUAAGGAAGCAACUUUUAAAAUGACCUACAUAAAGGAAAUGUCCACCAAGAUACUGGAGCUGCCCUAUGUGGGUGAGGAGCUGAGCAUGGUCAUCAUGCUUCCUGAUGAGAACAUUGAUCUCAAUAGGGUAGAAGCAGAACUGACCUAUGAGAAAUUCAUAGCGUGGACAAGACCAGACAAGAUGAAGAGAACAGAAGUGGGCGUGUUUCUCCCCAAAUUUAAACUAGAGGAGCAUUAUGACAUGGAAUCUCUUCUUCGCAAUUUGGGAAUACUGGAUGCCUUUGAGGGAGGCAAGGCUGACUUUUCUGGAAUGUCAGCUCAGGGAGGCCUCUUUUUGUCCAAGGUUCUACACAAGUCCUAUGUUGAGGUUGAUGAAGAAGGUGCUGAGGAAGAUGCUGCUGCAAUUUUCCGAGUGCCCCUUUGUGGAAAAAUUCUGCCAACCUUCAUCCCUGAUCAUCCUUUCCUCUUCUUUAUCCGGCACAACAAAACCAACAGCAUCCUUUUCUGUGGCAAAUUUGCUUCUCCAUGAAGCUAUGCAAUUAUUUUGCUUACAGUCCAUUUGCUAUUGCUACUUCUCUAUAUUUCCCCAAAGGUAGAAUAACUAGUCUGUCAUCCAAAGUAACAUCCUUAAUGCAGCAAGCAGGGAAGGAAUAGCAAUUAUGCUUUUUUUUUUCAUAUUACCUAGCACAGAUUUGGGCAUAUAAUAUGCAUGCAGUAAUAUCUUUUGUUUGAUGGAUAAUAAAAUUCAAUUAGUGGAACAGAA